AUGCUAAAAUAUGCAAAAUGCUUUUGGAAGGGGCAAAGAAUUUGCAGAAAGGAUUUGAAGAAAAAACUCCCCAUCACCGCUUCAAUUUUAAACAAGAUAUACGACAGUUUAAAUGGCGAUAAAUGUUCACUACUUCAACUCAGAACCAUUUCAAUGUUAAUUUUGGGGUUUGCAGAUUUUAUGCGAUAUAGUGAAACAUCUGACUUAAAAAGGUGCGAUUUUAUAUUUAGAGAUACACAUUUGGAGGUUUUUUUAGAGAAAAGCAAAACUGAUAUUUAUCGCGAUGGGCAUUGGUUAUUCUUGUCUAAGCUGGAUUUCAGGUUAUGCCCCAUCAAACUAAUGCGGAGAAACUUCGACAAGGCACAAAUUGGAGAUGACACCGACGAGUAUAUAUUCCGGUCAGUCACGUAUUUUAAAACCGUUAAUCGCCAUUCCCUGAGAAGAAGAAACGUGCCUUUGUCUUACAGUACCGCCCGAGAUAUCGUUUUGUCUGUCAUAAAAGAAGUUGGACUUGAUCCACAAAACUUUGGAUUACAACGUUCUGGAGGAGCGACGGCUGCGGCCAACUUUGGAGUUCCAGAUCGAUUGUUUAAAAAACACGGCAGAUGGAAAUCUGACAGAGCGAAAGACGGAUAUAUUCAGGACAGUGUAAAAUUAUUGUUGUCCAUGUCUUCAAACCUUGAUCUCUAA